CGGACAGACAAAAACAUAAACAACAACCCAGGGCGGACUCCAAAAUUGCUGCGCACUUUUUCAGAAAACAAUUCUAAACACUACCUGCGACGAUGGAUUAAAGCGAAACAUCCUAUUCCCGAAAAACGCGUAAAAAGAAUGUCCUCAUACACCGAGUCGAGAGUGGGCGGCAGUUUGGGCGGAUUGAUCGGCGUCGGCGGAGCGGGAGCGGUCGGCAGCGAGCCACUAUGCCUGCAGCGCAAAAGUUCCUGGGUGCGGGAGUACCGCGACCUGCAAGCCAACGUCAUGUCCGUCGACUGGACCGGCUCGUGGAUACUGUUGGCCGGCCGGCGGCUGCUUGCCCUGCAGUCACUGCGCGACUACGAAUCGACGGACGCGAGCAACCCGCGGAUGGACGACCAUCACCAUCCGGCGGUCGAUUGCGGGCUGCGCAAAUUCCAGCGCCACUCCAAGUACGAGGUGACUGCGGCCGAAUGGGCCAUCUGCCAGCACAGCCAGGAGUACUGCGCGAUCGCCACCUGCCAGCAGAUCGAGGUCGUCACGUGGCGGUCCGGUGAGCCGACCCUGCAGCACUCGCUUCGAGCGCACACCCGAAUGAUAACGGACAUCGACUGGCACUCGAAGGUGCCGCACCUUCUCGCCAGUUGCUCGAUCGACACGUUCACGCAUCUGUGGGAUCUGCGCGAUCCCCGGAAGCCGGUACUGUCGCUGAGUGCCGUCUGUAUGUCCGGUGCCAGUCAGGUGGGCUUUAAUCGGGUCUCGGGGAACCUGGUCGCCACGGCGCACGAUGGCGACCUGCGCAUCUGGGACCAGCGCAAAGGUUCGUGUCCGAUACAGUACAUUACCGCGCACCUGUCGCGCAUCCACGGUAUCAACUGGAGCCACGAUCACGAGACGAGCCUGUCCACCGCUAGCCAGGACGGUACGGUGAAGUACUUCGACAUCAACAACCCGCGGCGGGCGGAGAAAAUCAUCACGACGUCCUGUCCAGUGUGGCGGGCCCGGUACACCCCGUUCGCGGACGGGCUGGUUACGACCAGCGUGCCGCAGCAGGGUCGCGGCGAGAACAGUCUCCUGAUGUGGAACAACUCCAAGCAGGACGCGCCCAUUUGCGCGUUGGUCGGGCACACGGACGUGGUGCUGGACUUUGCCUGGGGCCGGAAGGACAUACACGAUCCCGAGCUGAUCACGUGGUCGCGCGACCAGACGAUCCGGAUCUGGCGCAUCGACGAGGAGGUGCGCAAGCUGUGCGAGCGCUUCCCGCCCGACGAUGACGAUGGGUUCAUGAUCGAGGAAACGAAUGGUGGUGGCGGCGGUGGCGGCAGCAGCGUGGUGCCGGGUGGCGCUAUCGGGGGUGGAAAAUUCACCGCGACCGUCUGCCCGAAGAGCCCGAUGCGCGAGAAGCAACCGUCGGUAUCGCUACAGCACGAGUUUUCGCUGCUGAAUCCCAACAUCCCGCACAUCGACAUUGAGGUGCUGGAUCCGAUCAAGCGCACCGCCACGGUCCGAAUCUCCGUCAACGGGUACGUGAUCAUGCUGCAGGUCAACUUCCCCGCGCUCUACCCGAACAAUGGCACCGUGCCGGAGUUUCACUACUGCCAGGGCACGUCGCUGGACGAUUCGCUUUCGCUGACGCUGAUGAAGGUGUUGCGCAUGACCGCUAGCCAGCGGGUGAAGAAGGGCCGCACGUGCCUCGAGCAGUGUUUGCGGGCGCUGGUGGACCAGCUGAAAAAGUCCUCCACCAGCAAUGGGGACCGGCAUCUGCGGCUGCAGUCGCCGCGGCUGGAGGGUGCGCUCAGCAGCGCCCUGCACGAUGCCUGCGUGCCCUUUCCCAAGACGUCCGGGGUGCGGUUCAGCCAGGUGGGCAUACUCGUGACGUUCUCGCGGCCGCUCAACACCAAGCGCAUUAGCUUGAAGCAGCAAAACACCACCCCAAGGGCUCUGUCCGCAUUGAGCGGUGGCUAUCUCGGGAAUGUGAUGGGUUCGCAGCCGAUUCUGUACGCCCAUCGCGAUCCGAGCACGUCCUCCUUUUACCUACCGGACAGGAAAUCAUCACGCCAUCGAGGAUCGUCGGUCAAGAUCAACGUAUCGCCUGUGCACGUGUACGACGUGUCGAAGAUACUGUACGUUAGCCGCGAGCUGGCAGAGAACUACAUCAUCAACACGACGAACGUGGCCGAAAUGUGUCGCCACAAUCGGGCGGCGGCAGAAAGGUACGGCCGGCCCGAUCUGGUACAGUGCUGGUCGCUGGCGGAGAUGAUCGCCCAGCCGAGCACGGAUUUCGAAACGGACGACGAUAUGCUGUGCGCCCAGAAUCCGUUCGCCAAGAGUCUGCUCGAGUCGCUGAUUCACCACUUUGCCCGCAUACACGACGUGCAGACGGCCGCCAUGCUGUGCUGUGCGUUCGGGCGACACUGUCCCUCGGCGCUCGAGCUUUCCAUGAGCUCCAGCUCGAGCAGUAAAUCUAUUAACCAAAGUCACUUACUUAGCGGUCAUCGAAAAAUUAAGCCUAGCGGAUCACCGUACCAUACGAUCCUGCCAGUGGAUCCAUCCUCCAACCAGGGCUGGCUGCUGGCCCAGCAGCUCAAGCAUCUGCGCAGCAACUCCUGGUCCGACUCGCUGGACGACAUACGGCUCGGCUCUGGAGGUGGCGGUGGCGGCGGCGGCGGGACGUCCAUCGGCUUCGUCGGAGACAUCAAUCGCAGCCUGCUGGGCGACAGCAAUCGCUACCUGUACGACAACUUUAAGCGCAGCUACGCGGAAAUGCUGUACCGGUGGGGUUUGCUGGUGCAGCGGGCCAAGGUGCUGAAGUAUCUGUCCAGCUACGUCGAUACGCCCCGGUGCGUCGAGUUCGUGACGGAGUGCCUGAACUGCUGCCGGGUCGGGGCGCCCGCCUGUGCGACCUGCAAGAAGCCGGUACUGUACUGUAGCUUGUGCCGGCUGCCGGUACGCGGUGCGGCCAACGCCUGCCUGCACUGUGGGCACGGCGGACACACCGAGCAUAUGCGCAUAUGGUUCGAGCGGCACGACGUUUGCGCCACGGGAUGCGGUUGUCCGUGUUUGAGCAAAAGCUCCAAGCUUUGUAAUUUGUAGUGGUUAGGGAUAGGGAGGUUCGCCGAAUUUGUUACCGAAAUGUAGAGAACGAGUGGGACAGAGGUACAUGAACUGUUGUUGGUUGUAUAGAGAAAAUUGUUAUAAAAAUUUAUAAAACCAUGAAA